AUGGAGAUCGGCAGCAACACGGACCCAUAUGUGGUGUCAGCACGGGUGAUCAGCCACUGCUGCCAGCAGACCUCUACCCCGACGCCAUUCAGCUCUUGGUCCCACGAUUGGAGGACUGCGCUCCUGUUCGCCUGCACACGGCACGACUCGACUUCGGGCGUACGGCACCGUUUGAAGGGAGAUCAUGACGGUUAUGUUGCGGUCCUCGACACCUGGGCCCUCGGUGAUGAGAAGACGCUGCGGAACAAGAUCUUCCACGUCCCUCAAUUCAAGAUCCCCGGCGUGAAUUACCCGUGCGAGUGGCUCGUAUGGGGCCCUGUCUCUGGCCCGGCGUACCGUUGUGUGCGAGUUUCCAAGAUCCGGGAAACCAUCGGCUGCCAGAAAUGGCCAGCUCAUGUUCCCUUGCAAAAAGAAGUGCCCUACCUGCUACUCGAAGACGUUCGCGACAGCCUGUUGGUUGCGGGAUGCUUCCAAAGAAACGACGAUACCAGCGCCGACGUCAUGCUUGCCGUCGCGGCUUGCGAGCUGGCCUGCCGGUUCAGGGGCGUCGGAAAGAACAUCAGCGGGUAUGGAGACCUCAAAGCUGAUGCCGAGCUGAUCUGGCCAGAAGAAGUGUCGGAAGAUCUUCUUGGUGUCUUGGCCCUAUGCAACCCGGUGCUGUCGGGCCGGCCGCUGGUACAUGGCCGCUCCGCACUUGUGGCGUUUCCGCGCGUGAGGCUGAUAAUCACGUAUUUCAACCCCCCUGAGCGUGGCGAGACCGGGUCAGAGCCACAGCCGGACCGUAUCGAUGGUGUUGGGUCAGAACCUGAACAUCCCGCCGGCAAGCCAACUGUGUCUGUUCCUCCAAAACAACCUGUGGCUCCCGUGAGCCAGGGAAGUACGAACGACUAUGGCCUUUCAGUGGAAGACGCGGCAAACGCGACCCUCGGCUUUUCCGAGCUCAUCGUCAUCAACAUGCCCGACCGUACCGACAAGCGCGACCGCAUGACCCUCAUGGGCGCCACGACGGGGCUGCGCUUCACCUUCCUCCCGGGCGUCGACGCCGCCAAGGUCCCCGACGCCGCGAUGCCCCCCAAAGCCGCAGGGUGGACGGGCAAGGUGCGCGCGUCGUGGCGCGCCCACAUGGACGCGCUGUGGUACAUCGUGCAGCACAACCUCAGCUCGGCCGUCAUCUUCGAGGACGACCUGGACUGGGACGUGCGCAUCCGCGAGCAGGCGCGGGACUUUGCCCUCGCGAGCCGCGCGCUGCUGCAGCCGCUGGCCGGGAGGGGGGCGCAUGCGGACCCGACGUACCCGGCCGUGCAGGAGCAGGAUUCCGGGCUCGACCCGCCGCCGCUCAGCUUCGCGCGCCUGCCCAGGACGGAGGACCCGAAGACGUCGGCGUACGGCGACGGCUGGGACGUGCUCUGGCUGGGCCACUGCGGCGUGCAGCAGCCCACGGGUGACCCCAAGGACCAGUGGGCUGAGAGGUCGCGGCACAUCUCGCGCGGCGCGGUGGUUAAAGAGAACGACCCUUCCGUCCCGCAGACCAGCAGCAUACACUCGUGGGACGACGACGGCCACGCGAGGUUCCGCAACUCGUACCCGGCGCACACGAGGGUCACUCACCACGCGCUCGACGCCGUGUGCACAUUUGCCUACGGGGUAUCUCAGGCUGGCGCGAGGCGGAUACUGUAUGACUUGGGUCUCUGGAAGAUGGAUGACCCCUUUGAUCUGGGGUUGCGGCAGUUUUGCGAUGGGACGUUUGAGCAUGCGCGGCAUGUGUGUUUGACGACGCAGCCGAGUUUGUUUUCGCAUUUUGAGAAGAAAGAAGGGAGUGAUUUGGAUCAUGAGAAGACGUGGAAUAUUCGGUGGAGCGCGCGGGAGAACUUGGUGAAGUUGUUGGAUGGGGAGGAGGAUUAUGAGGAUCAGUGGCCGGACACGUUGUGGAAAGCAUAG